UUUAUAACGUACAGGGAAUAUCUUAUAAUGCUUUUAAAUGAGAGACCUGGUCUAAUAGUAAAAUAUGACUUUAGAUAUCUGUUGACGAAUAAAUAAACACUAAUAUCAAGGAAUGCGCAUUCCUAUUUCGGUCUUGAAAACAUUGUUGUCAAAUAGUUCUAUAAAUUAUUCAUUUGCACCUUUUCUUCCAAUCUCAUUUCAUCUUUACUCAAGAUGGUUUCUCAUAAUACUCGCAUAUGGAUGUUUAUUAUCGCAGUAUUUUCCAUCAUAUGCAUUGCUACAUUGUUGAUAUUACAAAUAACAACUAAAAGCCAUCAUACAUCAUACCAAGCCGUCGAGAUGUUACCUUCUAUUCAAAUUCGUAUAGAAUGGUUACAUUUAUCUGUUGUCAUAUUGUAUACAACAGGACUUCUCAGCGCAAGUUCAGAACAUAUUCAUUGGUAUUUUAUACCAUUAUGCGUCUUCGUAACAGUGCAGCUGAUUUAUUCCACCUGGUUCUUGCUGGAUAAAGAUACUUACAUCCAGGAACAACUAGAAUUGUCAUGGAAAAUUGCUUACACUGAGGACUCAAAUGUAAGAAGCAGUUUAAGUGAUAUUCAGGAACAGUGGCAAUGCCAGGGAUUUCAGAAUAUGUUUGAUCGGCCAGCAUUUAUAAAUACAAAUCUAGAUGAUGCUGUAUUAGGUCCUUGUUACCCAAUCCUGGUAAAAGCUUUCGGUCCUACUGUAUUUAUUUGGGGUAUAGGUUUGUGGGUGGUAAAAUUAAUUCAGACAAUUGGGUUGUUAGCGUGCUAUGGGCUCUAUAUCCACGUCAAUCAAACACUUGGAUCAGAUGGUACAAUUGUCAUCACCGAAGAUAUGGAAGAUAACAGAUUGAUUGCCUUUUCUGAUAGUGACAGCGACAUAGAUAGCGUAAUGUACUGCGAUGAAAAUGAAGACGACGAAUCAACCGUUAUUGUUUCACUUCCUUUUAAUGACGAAAAAACACAUUUAAAUCUAUCGGGGCAUGAUUGAUCAAACCCAUUGGGUCAUAACUCUCAUCCCUGUAAUGCAUAUUGAUCUAUUAUAUACCAUAAAUUCAGAUAAUUUCGGACAGACUUAUAAAUGCUUUCAGAAG